AUGGAGGCCGCACAGGUCGAAGUAGCAGGACAAGUGUACAAUGUGGCUUUGCUGCUGAAGCCAGCAGCAACGGAGCAGCAGCAGCAGAAGCAGCAACAGCAGCAACAAACCCAUCUGCAGCAGCAGCAGCAGCCGCAGCAACAACAACCGCAGCAGCAGCAGCAGCAGCUGCUGCAGCAACAGCCGCAGCACCAACCGCAACAACAACAGCAACAGAAGCCGUUGCUGCAGCAGCAGCAGCAGCAGCUCCUGAUACAGCAGCAACAGCGACAGCAGCAGCUGCAGCAGCAACAGCUGCAGCAGCAGCAGCUCCACCAACAGCAGUUGCAGCAGCAGCAGCAGCAGCAGCAGAUACAACAGGCAGCAAAUCGGCAUCCGCGGCAGCUGCCGCCUAUUUCUGCGUCGCAGCAGCAGCAGCAGCAGCAGCAGCAGCAGCAGCCGCAGCAGCAGCAGCAGGUCCUGCUGCAGCAGCAAAGAGACGCUUCUGCUGCUCUCCAUGCCCAUAGCCCUCUCCCCCCGCAGCAGCAGAUGCUGCAGCAGCAGCUGCUGCAGCAGCAGCAACAACAUCUGCUGCAGCAGCAACAGCAGCAACAGCUACUGCAGCAGCAGCAGCUGCAGCAACAGCAACAUCUGCUGCAGCAGCAACAGCAGCAACAGCUACUGCAGCAGCAGCAGCUGCAGCAACAGCAGCAGAUUCAGCAACAGCAGCAGCUGCAGCAGCAGCAGCACGUCCAGCAGCUGCAGCAGCAGCAGCAGCAGCAAAUGCAUGCUCAGUGGCUGCAGCAGCAACGCGCACUACAGCAGACGCAGCAGCAGCAGCAGCAGCAGCAACCACGGCAGCAGCCGCAGCCGCAGCAGCCGCAGAGGAGGCGCUGGGGGCCAGCAGAAGGUUUCUGCAGAGGGCAGCAGCAGCAGCAGCAGCAGCUGCUGCUGCUGCUGUUGCUGCUGCUGCUGCAACAUUUGGUGACGCCAGCAGCAGCAACUGUUGUAUCUUUAGGCCGCGCUGCUGUUGCUGCUGCAGCAGCAGCUGCAGCAGCAGCAGCUAGAACUACGGCAUUUGCAACGGGAACGCAGCAACAGCAUCUGCAGCAGCAGCAGCAGCAGCAGAGCCACCAACCCAGCAGCAAGAGUAACAGCAGCAACAGCAGCAGCAGCACCACCACCACCACCACCAGCAACAACAGCAGCAGCACGAGCACCAGCGCAGCGCCAGCCGCCGCCGCAGCAGCAGCGGUAGCAUCAACCGCAGCAGCACCAGCAGCCGCAGCAGCAGCACCAGCAGCAGCAGCGGCACUAACACCAGCAGCAGCAGCAACAGCAGCAGCAGCAGCAGCAGCAGCAGAAGAUGGGUGCUAG